AUGCCAGCGUUCAUUAAUGGGAUAGAACUUGACAACGCUGCCGUGGAAGGCUACAUGACGUGUGACUGCUUAGGUAGCCAGCAAGACCAGCAAGAAGGAAUAACAACUAGAUUGCAGUCGACAUGUAAAGUCUCCAUACUCCGCAGAAACCUCACGAAUUUCCUUGCAUGUGGAUCUGAUGGUCUGACUUGGUCUCCAACAUUAGAAACUCAACUUCGUCUUGUUAUCAUUGUUUUGGACGGCUUCAGGUGGAUCUCCAAUAGCUCCGCAUUUGCGCCUAUCAAAAAUGGGCUGAAGGAGACGCCUACACUGCGCGCUGCGAUUGGGCUUAGAGAGGAACUUGUGCCAAUAUUCGUCCGACGCCAAAUCAAGGGCAUGCUGGGCCUGGCCGCAUUCGAUCUCCGCCAGCGUACACCUUUCAAUUAA